AGUAAUCGAGAUGCAGAAGCUGAACGAACUCUUCUCUGGUGGCGGAGACGGAGACGGCGACGGGACAACCGAUAACUUCCUUGAAGAUGGAUCGGAGGGUCUCUGUUCUCUCUCCCCGACCCAGAGAAUGUACGGAUUCGCAGCGUCUUUGGCCGCUGGUUUGCUGCUUAUGUUUCUGUCUAUGAUUGUAUUUGCUAUCCCGAUCAAAUUUGCACUGCUCUUCACAUUUGGAAAUGUACUCGCUAUUGGAAGCACAGUUUUCCUCAUGGGAGCUGAGCAACAGAUAAAUAUGAUGUUGGACCCUGUUCGUAUCUACGCUACAUCCAUUUAUAUUGGAUGCGUCGUUGUUGCACUCAUUUGCGCUCUCUUGAUCCACAGCAAAAUUUUAACGGUGCUUGCCAUCCUAUGCGAGACCUGUGCACUUAUUUGGUAUAGCCUCAGUUAUAUUCCAUUCGCACGGAGAAUGGUCUCUGAAAUAAUGAUCCGUCUCUGCGACACCGAGCUAUAGUCAGACCAUCUGGCAGCAAACACAAAGCACAUAUAUCAGUUUGCUGGUCUCAAGAACUUGAGAUCUGAUUCUUCUUCAACGUACUUAUUUGUUUGUUAUUUAUUUUAUUCUCUUGUUUGACCUGAUCCGGUGGUUUGCUUGCACAUGAAUCAGAGUAAUGCGGAUUGGUUUUCUUUUGUUGGGGUCUUAACCUCUUGUGUGUAGUUUGUUGCUUGAAGCUCUUUUGCAGCUUCAGAUUUGCAAAUAGUAAUUCUAUUCAAACAACUUAUCGGAGUUCUCA